UGUACCCGGCAUUUAUAGUAAUUUUGGCGUAGAUGCCGGAGAGAUUUCUAAAGACAUUGCAGAUUUGACAACUAUAUCAAAUCCGAAUGUUGAUAACUUGAUAAAUUUAGACUCUAAGACGAAGCGGAAUAUGAAACGUCAAGCAGAAUCAGAAAAUCUCACCGAUCCCAAAAAAAUACGACUCGAGGAAGAUGCAGUAGAAGCCAAAGUGUCCGAAGAGAUGGCAGUAUUUCGGGAUGAAUCGAAUGAAGUAUUGCGUGCACAACUGAAUUCGACCAAUAAGAAAUUAUCAUCCGCAAGGGCUGAAAUAGUCGAUCUACAAAAGAAACUGGAACGCUCGAAUGGUGAUGAGCUUUCAAGGUUACGGGAACGUGUGGCAGCAUUACAAAAUCAGUGUGAACAGGAAACAACGGACGAAAAAAAGGAAGUGUUUGUUAAGCAGGAAGAAAUUGAUCGGCUAAAAGUAGAGAAUGAAAGAUUAAAAGAGGAUAAAAAGAAUCUGGAAGAACAGACAGCUAGCUUAAAUAUUCUCAAUGGAAGG